GGCCUAUUUAAGGAGCAAGUCAGUCUACGCCAAUACUGCCCUCAGCGCUUGUCAAAAGCCGGUCUUUACCCAGUAUCGAAUAUGUCUUAGCACAUUCUCGUGUGCUAUUACACUGUAAACUAAAGUGCAUUUGUUAUCCGUCGUAUAACCAUAGUUAGCCUUUAAUUAGCGGUGUUGUUAAUCGGUUAGUUAUCGAUCAAGCCCUCCGCCCUACACAGCUCAUUGAAAGGACACCGAUCGGGAUUAUUUGUAUCUACAGAUGUUUCGUCUAUUAUAAUGCAAGAUGCAUGCUGAUGCUCGGAAGGGGCUGCUCGACUGCGUAUUACUCGUCCUUUUAACCUCCUCCACCUACUGAAAAUAAUCGUAAACAGCUGAAAACCGUUGAUAUUUUGGGUUGAAGAAUGACAGAAUAUAAGCUUGUGGUCGUAGGGGCUGGAGGCGUGGGCAAGAGCGCUCUCACCAUCCAACUCAUCCAGAACCACUUUGUGGAUGAAUACGACCCAACCAUAGAGGACUCCUACAGAAAGCAGGUGGUGAUUGACGGGGAGACGUGUCUGCUGGACAUCUUGGACACUGCAGGUCAGGAGGAGUACAGCGCCAUGAGGGAUCAGUACAUGAGGACAGGAGAGGGCUUCCUUUGUGUCUUCGCCAUCAAUAACACCAAGUCCUUUGAGGACAUUCACCACUACAGAGAGCAGAUAAAACGAGUAAAGGACUCUGAGGACGUCCCCAUGGUCCUGGUGGGGAAUAAGUGUGAUCUUCCAUCCCGCAGUGUGGACACCAAGCAGGCUCAGGAUUUAGCACGUAGCUACGGCAUCCCAUUUAUAGAGACCUCAGCAAAGACUAGACAGGGCGUGGAUGACGCGUUUUAUACUUUAGUCCGAGAAAUCCGGAAGCACAAGGAGAAGAUGAGCAAGGAGGGCAAGAAGAAAAAGAAGAAAUCCAAAACAAAAUGUGUAUUAAUGUGAACAAGCCUUUCCUGUCAUUACAGACUCAAAAAAAAAAAAAAAAGUUCCACAACUGCAUUUUGUACAUUACACUAAAUUAUUAGCCUGUUCAAAAUACAGAAUGGAUCCUUAUUCUACUUGCUUUCUUAAAAGAAAUGAGCUUUACUUCUCGUUCGGUGCCAGUUGCCCCAAAGUGUUGGUCCCUUGACACAUUUCUGGCUUAUUUUACCGGGUGGGCUGUGAGAGCUGGUGUUAUUUUGCAGUUGGUUUAUCUAGAGUAGUUUUAGCAGAAUUAUAAGGAAAGGUGAGGACAUGAAAACAGGCUUUUGGUGUGAUGUAUGAGAGAGAACUAGCCGUGUAGCUGUUUAGCCGUGAAAUUUGCAUGCGAGUCACUCGAUUUUACAGGAACUGAAACUUUGAGGAAUCAUUGUUUUUAGGACCAACACUUUCAGGUGGUGUUUUGAUACAUUUAUCACUGUGUAUGACCCUGCCUUUGGAUGUCCCAGACUUCCAAAAACAACCCGCAUGUGAACUUCCAUUGUAGUCGGAUUAACGCGCCCUCUCUCGAAAGCCAUGUAUGGUGAAAUCUUAACCACGUUAACCUUAUUUCCCUGUAUGCAUGCUGUGUUCUGUUCAUUAAACUUCCAGGGAACGGUAAUGCAUUGAAUGCUGUAUAAUAGCCACUGUCCUGCAGAAUAGAUUCUAUUUCAACAUAGCCAUCGUUAAUUUUUCUGAUAUUUUCAGUUAAAUUCAUGAGGGUUUAUAUAAGAGUCAAAAUCUGCUAAGAGGUAACAUCAUGUCAAAAUAUAUCUUCAUUCGACAACAAAAUUAAAUGUAAAAUGCUUGGCAGGCUUGUAAAAAUGAAGUUGUAUUGUGCACAUUCAUUUUGGACAGACAAAAGUCGCAAGUUCGUUGACUUGAAAAUCAAUGUUUUUUUUGUUUGUUUGUUUUUGUUUUUCGAAGUUCUUUUUAUUCUCUUAUAAAUCAUAAAAGUCUUUGAUUUAAACCUAUGAAAAACAGAUCCUGUUGUAAAUAAUAGUGCAAAAUCACUUUGUUCAAUUACAACCCUUAGCAGAUUUUGACUAAAAAAAUAUAAAGCUGCAGUUGACCAAUCAGAGUCAAGUAUUCCAGAGAACGUUUCGAAUCUCUCCUCUAAGUAUCUACAUUAGCGAAAAGCCUCACUUCUGCACUCAGAGGAGCAUUUUUAUUACGUAUGAAUAUUUACCAGCCAAACAGCACCUUUGAAGGCUGAUUUAGUUUUUUGCUCAAUUUUGAUUCGUGAAUAUAACCUACUGUACCACUAGUUGUUGUGAUGCAAAUAUAUGUAAAAAAGGAACUAAACAAAUGCCUUGUUCGUUUAUGCUGCCAUCAACCAUCAAGACAUUCUGGUUCUAGAAGCCCAAUUAUAGUCGAACAGAAGCUGAAUGCAUAAUUUCCCAAGACGCAGUCGUGAUCUAGUAUACGAAGGCAAAAUGUGGCUAGCUUAGUUCUGAAGGGCACAUUUUCAGCCAUCACUCAAAUCAAAGCGAGUGAUAUAAAGAUUUAUUUUGUGUGGCAAUACUUGUGAUGUCAUGAGAUGAUGUCAUUUAUAGGAGAUUUACAAUAUAUGAGCAGAAUGUUGCUUUAAAACCUUCGGUGAGCUGUUUUACCAUACGUCCUUAACCGUGACUAGUUUGCUUUUCUGGUAAUUGUUUCUAUAUUGCUGUUUGACUAAUACAGAGAAAUCUAAACAGGAAAUAAAUCAGGAUGUCUGCUCAUAUGCGAAGUCAAGUGUUUCGGGUGAUUUUCUGUUCCCUUUAAAGUCAUUUGCUAGCCGUCUGUAACGCGAGUAGCAAAGUCAUUAGAUAUUUUUUUGAAUAGUUUCUGUUCUGAAAUGUUCUGUCUGUUUGUGUGCCAAUUGCAAAUGUUGAUAAAAUGGUUCACGUAUACAUGGACCUUGUUUUAACAGCCUUUGUACGGUUGUGAUAAGAAAGAUAAAUAUUUUGUAAAUUGUGCUUUUUUUUUUUGGUUUAAUGAAUUGAAUGACACUUAAUUGUAAUCAAGGGUCAUGUGUUAACGUCUAUGAGAAAGUGGCGAUCUGAGGUCGUCUUUUGCAUCUUUCAUGUUUUGGUGAAUGUGAUUGUUAGGAAAGCUGUUCUCAGAUCGGCACGGUUUUAUAAAUGCAACCCAAUCCUGUUUUUCCCCAUUAAUCUCACCAGUCUUAUUUAAUGUGUAAUUAAAAGAAGUACAUAAAACCCA